AAUUCGACGUAGGAACGUUAUUAUUUUUUUUUUAAUUUUUAAAAGAAAAAAAGGAAAUCAUGUCCCAAAUUAAGAAUAGUGAAAUGAAAUUAAAAAAAAGCAAGAAAGAUGAAUCUGAAGACGAACGUGAUAGCUCUUAUUACGAAGAUGAGUCGGAUGAAUCGCCUGUAAGAGCUUCAAAAAAACCAACAUCAGUAACAAAAAAUACAGCCAAAACUGAGCCAACAGAAGCGGAAGAACCACCUCAGGAUGUAGUCCGACGUGGAAGUCGAAGAUCAAGAGGAGGACGCCGUGGUACUGCUCGUUCGCGUUCAAGUUCCCGUAGAAACAGUCGAAGGCGAUCAUCAAGAUCAAGACGUCGUCGUUGAUUUUUUGCUUUUUUUUUUACAAAAAAAUGUUAAAAAUUCUUCGUUUAGUAAAAUUAUUUUGUGAUUUUUUUUUUAAA